AUGACCGACGUCUCGCGUUGCGUUCACUUCCGCCGAUAUUCGCUCUCCGUGACCGGCACUCUUGUCCUUGGCUACCUCGUCCUCUACCUCCUCUCCCUGCGGCACUAUCAUGGCGUUAGCUACCGCGACCCGACGUCCUACUUCUUCGACGCGGACCGCGCCUACGAGCGGGGAUACUCGGCGAAGCGCGUCGCGGAGGCGGAGGCAUACCUUAGCGCAGCUGGCGAUAUAGCGCCUUCGGCGAGGAUGCCCGGGCAACAAGCCGCGAUUUGCAUGGGCAUCGUGUCGGUCAAGCGGAGGGGCGAACAAUACGUCGGGUUGACAGUGGCGUCUGUGCUGGAAGGGCUGAGCGAGUUGGAGCGGAGCAAGCUCCUUCUUUACCUGCGCAUUGGGAAUACAGACCCAAAGGACCACCCCAUAUAUUCAGAGAAAUGGGUCGAGACGCUCCCUGAUCGGCUGUUGACUUACUCGCAAGAGGAUCCCGAUUUCGAACAGCUAAAGGAAUGGGAGGAUGGUGGAUGGUACCGGAACAAAACUAUCUACGACUUUACGACCCUUAUGAAAGAGUGCUAUGACAGCGGCGCUGAGUACGUCGCGAUGCUUGAGGACGAUACCCUGGCAGUCAAGGGCUGGUUCCCGGCUGCCUUGCGCGCGCUCGAUACAGUGCAAUCUCGGAAUAGCGGUCGCGACUGGAUCUACCUGCGUCUCUUCUAUGUCGACGGCCUGCUUGGCUGGAACGGCGAAGAAUGGCCGAAAUAUCUCGCCUGGUCGUUUGUCGUCUGGGCGCUCAUUACCGGAGCCAUGGUGGCGUCGAAGCGAACAUUCAAAGCCGAGCUCCGAUCCAUACCCAUGAGCGCCAUCUGGCUCACGUCCGCGGUGUUCAUCCCCGCCGCUAUCGCCCUCCAUUUUCUCGCCGGCCGGCAAACGAUGUGGCCGAUCGCCCCUGGUGUGCACGAGAUGAACAAGUACGGCUGCUGCUCACAAGGUCUUGUCUUCCCUCGCGCUAUCAUACCGCGGUUCCUGGAGCGCACGGACCUCACGACGGACUGGCUGGUCGAUAUGAUGAUCGAGAAGAUCGCGGACGGCGAGGGGUGGAGCCGGUGGGCUGUGGUUCCGCCGUUGUUGCAGCAUAUUGGGGCGACGAGCUCCAAGGGGUACGGGUUCGAUAAUUCCGCCAGUACGAUCUGGAAUUUUCGGUUUGAGGAGUAUGACAUUUAG